AUGAAGGGCCGCUCUACCAGUGACUGUUUUAUUAAGUGCCUCAGUAAUGCCAAUGUUAACUGUCGUGCCUUUAUUGAUCUCAAGGGUGCCUUUGACAAGGCCAACAGGGUUGUCAUUCUUGAGGAACUCAUGUUGAAGGGUGUUAAAGGAAAGUUAUUGGGGUGGAUUUGGGAUUAUUUGUGUGACAGGAAUACAAAGGUGUGGCUCCAGGGGGCAGUCUCUGCUGAAGGGAAUUUUGACUUGGGUACACCGCAGGGGGGUGUACUCAGCCCCAUGCUUUUCAAUAUACUUAUGGAUAAGAUUGCCAGAUAUCCUUUUCCCCAGGGCACAGAGGUAAUUGUCUAUGCUGACGACAUCCUGCUACAGUGUAAUGCUCCUCAGACCCUUACCUCGGCCUUAAGCCUUAAAAGCCUUAAGCCAUCUUGA